GUCUUGGCCUGAGCAUAUUUACAUGACUAACUUAAUUGCUCCUUUAUAGUCUGCAGAUUCCCAUACUGGCACACCACCUGGUGGGGGAUUUAUAUUUAAUUUAGUACUGUAAAGAGUGUGAAAGGAAGACUUGGAAGAGGACCAAUUUUUUUUUUUUUCCUUGUUUGUUAAUUUAGUACUGUAAAGAGUGUGAAAGGAAGACUUUGAAGAGGAUCUUUUCCUUUUUUCUUUUUUUUUUUUCUUUUUUUUUAGUACUGUAAAGAGUGUGAAAGGAAGACUUUGAAGAGGACUUUUUCCUUGUUUGUCGUCUGCCCAAGUCCGAUAACUAUUGUAUGGGUUUCCCGAAUUAAUAUUGAAAGAAAAACAGACAAACCCCAUUAUGUGAAGCAUGAGUAAAUCAUCAAAGAAUUAUGGCUUUACUAUAAUUCUUUCCUUCUAUUUUAUGUUUUCCGUGUUAACAAUAAUCUCCGAUGCAGUAGAAUUAGGCACCAUAACUACAACACAAUCUCUUACAGAUGGGCAAACCACGGUCAGUUCAGAUGGAUCAUUUGAACUGGGAUUUUUCAGCCCUUCAAGUAGUACUUCCAGGAAUCGAUACUUGGGAAUAUGGUACAAGAAAAUAUCUAAGAGGACUGUGGUGUGGGUUGCCAACAGAGAUACUCCACUUACUGAUACCUCGGGAGGAGGUGUCUUAAAGCUCACUGAUGGAGGAAUUCUCAUGCUUGUCAAUAGUACAAGCAGCAUCUUCUGGUCUUCUUCAAAUUCAUCAUCAAAUAACAACACAGUGAAUCCAAUUGCACAGCUUUUGGAUUCGGGUAAUCUUGUUGUCAAAGAUGCAAAUGAUGAGAAUUUCCUGUGGCAGAGUUUUGAUUAUCCGAGUGACACUUUGUUGCCGGGCAUGAAGCUUGGAAAGAACCUAGUAACUGGAAUUGAUAGGCGUCUAUGGUCAUGGAAGUCCGGUGAUGACCCUUCUAAAGGUGACUAUUCAUUUGGAAUUGAUCUUCAUGGAUUUCCACAAUUUUUCCUCCUGAAAGGUUCAGUUGAGCAAUACCGUUCUGGACCAUGGAAUGGUCUCCGCUUUAGUGGCGCAGUGGGUUUAAAACCAAACAGCAUCUUCACAUACUAUUUUGUUUUUGAUCAGCAGGAGGUGUAUUAUGGAUUUGAGCUUCUUAAUAGCUCAGUUUUCUCGCAGCGGGUUUUGAGCCAGAAUGGAAUUGUACAGCGCUUGACAUGGAAUUAUAAAACACAGGAUUGGAUAGUUUAUGGAAAUAAUCCUGCAGAUCGCUGUGAUUUUUAUGGGCUCUGUCAUUCCUAUGGUAUCUGCAACAUUGAUAAUUCCCCAGUAUGUGGGUGUCUCGAUAAAUUUAUGCCAAGAUACCCAAAAGAUUGGAACACGGCGGAUUGGUCAGGUGGGUGUGUUCGAAAAACGCCCUUGGAUUGCCACAGUGGAUCGGAUGGAUUUGUCAAGUAUUCCCGCGUUAAAUUGCCUGACACGCGGUAUUCCUGGUUUAAUAGGAGCAUGUCCCUCAAGGAAUGUCAGACGGUAUGCUUAAAAAACUGUUCUUGCAUGUCUUUUGCAAAUAUAGACAUAAGAGGAGGAGGAAGUGGCUGCCUGCUCUGGUUUGAUGAUCUGAUUGAUAUUAGGGACCUCCCUGAAAGUGGGCAAGAUAUUUACAUAAGAAUGGCCUCCUCUGAGUUAGAGACACAUGGCAGAUCCAAUGUAAAGGGACGAGUGAGGAUUAUAGUCAUUCCUAUAUUACUUAUAGCAGUGGUACUCCUAGGCCUAUUCCUGCUCUUGCAUUUCUUGAGGAGGAGGAAGCUGAAGAGAGGAGGAGGACCAAUUAGACUCAAUCAAGAUAGAGAUUACGCCAAUGAAAGCGAGAGGAGAGAUUUACAGUUGCCAUUAUUUGACUUUGAGACAAUAGCAAAUGCCACAAAUAACUUCUCGAUUGACAAUAAGCUUGGAGAGGGCGGCUUUGGACCUGUCUACAAGGGUUUGUUAGAAGUGGGACAAGAAAUAGCUGUGAAGAGGCUUUCAGAGAAUUCAAGGCAAGGACUCAAUGAGUUCAAGAAUGAAGUUCUAUGCAUUUCCAAACUUCAGCACCGAAACCUCGUGAAGCUUCUAGGUUGUUGCAUUCAAGAUGAUGAAAGAAUGUUGAUCUAUGAAUACUUGCCCAACAAAAGCCUGGAUUCCUUCAUUUUCGAUAUAAAACAAAGCAUGUUACUGGAUUGGCCCAAGCGCUACAACAUUAUCAAUGGGAUUGCUCGGGGCCUUAACUAUCUUCAUCAAGAUUCCAGACUGAGAAUUAUCCACAGAGAUCUCAAGGCGGGCAAUAUUUUACUGGAUAGCAAUAUGACCCCCAAAAUUUCAGACUUUGGCAUGGCUAGAAGUUUUGGAGGUGAUGAAACGGAAGCAAAUACAACAAGAGUGGUUGGAACAUAUGGCUACAUGUCCCCUGAGUAUGCUAUUGAUGGACUCUUCUCAGUAAAAUCGGAUGUCUAUAGUUUUGGUGUAUUGGUGCUUGAGAUAGUUAGUGGGAGAAAAAAUAGAGGAUUUUAUCAUCCAGACCAUAGCCUAAACCUCCUAGGACAUGCAUGGACACUUUAUAAAGAAGACAAGACUUUGGAACUGAUUGAUGAAGCCAAAGUGCACUCCUGUGAUCUUACUGAAGUAUUUAGAUCAAUCCAUAUCGGUCUAUUAUGCGUGCAACAAAGUCCAGAGGACAGGCCAAGCAUGUCAUCUGUGGUUAUGAUGUUGAGUAGUGAGAUUGCAUUGCCUCAACCAAAAGAGCCUGGGUUUUUCUCUGGAAGAAAGUUUCCUGAAAUAAAUUCAUCAUCAAGCAAGCCUGAAUCAUGUUCAGUCAAUCAAGUAACUGUAACAUUUUUGGCCCCUCGCUAGAAGAUGUUUCAUGUUAAUAUUUUGGUCCUCCACACCUGGAAAAAAUUCUGUGCAAGACUCUUUUUCAACAGAAAAAUAAAAUGAAGAAAGGAUAAUGAAAUUACUGGUGAUGUAUAAUAUUUGGUUGAGGUAUAUUUUGAGGAAAGAGAAUGUCAGAAGUCCAACAAGAAGGACCCCAGUAAUUUGCAGUGUUGCUGGAGAGAUUAGUCAUGUAAUUUUUUUUUAAUUUUGGUGGCUAUCUCUGUUAUGAGUUGUCUUGAUUUGAAUUGUUUUGUUUUGAUUUUAUUUCAUUUGUAGCCUAGUCUACCUAUGGUAUAGGACAUUAAUACCCUGUAGUCUUGUAAGUUAUUUCAGUAAAAAUUUCUCUUAUUCAUAUAUA